GACUCCAGUGGAAAUGGGGCCAAUUUACACCAGUGAGGGGAUCUGACCCAUUUCUCACAAUGUAUUUAGUGGCUCCUGCAGCAGCAUGGCUGGGGUGGGAAGGGUUAAGCCCAGUGACUCCUGAGUCUGCCACUUAACAGAGCAGGCAGCUGGGCCGGGGACAGGAUAACGGAGGGACCUUCCUGACAGCGCUCGAGUCAGCAGCCCACUCUGGCCCUGGUGGGAGCAGCAGGGUCUGGGGGGAUCGCCUCUGCCGGGCGGUCGCGGUGCGUGCGAGUGAAGGUUGAAUGAGGGACCUCGGAGAAGAUGGCAUCCCCUGGGGCAUUAUGGGAAUCUCUUGGUUCCCAGCUGGACCAGCUGCAGCUCCAUCCUGAGUGCAUAUCCCAUGAGGAGGAGGGAAAGGGUGAACCAGCAGGACCGCACUGUGAGCUGCUCUGUAUCCCCAAAGAGAAGCCCCAGCCUCUCCAGGAAACAGGACACCAACCUGAGCUUCUUUGUGACAUAAAAGAGGAGCCCCUUGAAACAGCUGGUGACAGGACGCUGAGCAAGGAAGGUGCCAACGCUGUCGGGAUGUUCCAUUCUGCCCCCUCUACCCACAGCUCCCUGUGCCCAUUCCCCCUCUGGGAGAACCUGGCAGACUCCACUGGCUGUGGGGACGAGGUACUCAGGGAUUCCACUGCUAAUCCCCAGCAGGACAAGAAGCCCGUAUGGUGCAACAAAGAAGAGGAGUUUGGGGCUCCCUCUCCUGCCCCUCAGCUGGAUGUGCUUGGAGAUGUCACCUCUGCCCCCCAGCCAGCCGAGAAGCCAUUCCGGUGCAGCGAAUGCGACAAGACCUUUGGGCAGAGCUCCCACCUGCUGCAGCACCAGAUCACCCACACCGGGGACCGUCCCUACCAGUGCCCUGACUGUGGCAAGCGCUUCAGCUGGAGCUCAGCCCUGUGCCAGCACCAGCGCAUUCACCGUGGUGAACGCCCCUACCAGUGCGCUGACUGCGGCAAGCGCUUCGCCCAGAGCUCCAACCUGACCACGCACCGGCGCACCCACACGGGUGAGAAGCCCUACCGCUGCCCACAGUGCGGCCGCGGUUUCAGCCAGAAUGCCAACCUGCUGACCCACCAGCGGGUGCAUGCAGGGGUCAAGAGCCACGAGUGCCCCCAGUGCGGACGGGUCUUCAUGGAGCGCUCGUCCCUGCUCAAGCACCAAGGCGUGCACUUGGCGGAGAAGCCAUACCAGUGCCCCGAGUGCGGGCGCAGCUUCACACAGGGAUCCACACUGGCCCAGCACCUCCGCAUCCACACCGGUGAGAAACCAUACCAGUGCAGUGAGUGCGGGAAAUGCUUUGGGCAGAGCUCGGCCCUGGCCCAGCACCGCCGGGCCCACACAGGUGAGAGAUCCUACCACUGCCACCAAUGCGGCAAGGCCUUCAGUCAGAGCUCCAACCUCAUCACUCACCAGGCCUCACACACCGGUGAGAGGCCCUACAAGUGCCCGGACUGCGGGCGCGCCUUUGGGCGCAGCGCCCAUCUGGUUACCCACCAGCGCACUCACACUGGGGAGCGACCCUACCACUGCCACCAAUGCGGCAAGGGCUUCAGCCAGAGCUCCACCUAUAUCCAGCACCAGACCACCCACACCGGUGAGCGCCCGUACAAGUGCCCGCAGUGUGGCAAGGCCUUUAGCCAGAACUCCAACCUGCUCACCCACCAGCGCAUCCACACUGGUGAAAAACCCUACCGCUGCCACCAAUGUGGCAAGAGCUUCCGGCAGAGCUCAGGCUAUCUGCAACACCAAAGGAUCCACACAGCCUUGCGGCCCUCCACCACACCCACAUAACGGUGCUCGCCGUGGGGACUAUGGGUCUAACAUCAGAAGCCUCCAAUGUCUGUGCUGACUCAGAGACAUGACGGGAAUUACAAACCACAAUAUGUUGCCCGGCCAUCAGAGGGUUAAACGCAGUUGGACAUGCACCUGCCUCUCCUGCUUGGGCUAAAGCAGAGACACGGUGGACUCAUAGCUGCAUCUGGAUGGUUUUCCAUUUCAUGGGGAAUUCUUUGAUUUUUUUGGAGGGGGGAACAUCCAUUCUAGAACAGAAGAAACCAAUUUAAAACUUCCCUAAGACAAAAUCCCCGGGGGAGGGGGAAGGAACAUCUAGUGUUGACCAAAACAAUUUGUUC